GAUUGUUGACCGCAAUUUAAAAGUCUGCCUAACAAUAUUCGGCGAUGCGCAUUGACUAUAUUGUAACUCUGACAUUCAUAAUCUAUUAAACACCCCCAUCUCUAAGCUAUCUGUAUCUGCAACGGAUCUCUGGAAUUACUAUUUAGAUGAUGACAUCCCCUGUCGUGCAAAUCGUUUCAGAAUGUUAUGUGAAGCCCAUGGGCUCAACCAAAGAGUCAAACCACCUAUGUAAUUUAACACCUUGGGAUAUAGCUAUGCUGUCUAUGAACUAUAUCCAGAAGGGUCUCCUUUUCAAGAAGCCUGAUCAACAUGAUUUCAUAGAGAAUCUGUUGGACAGGCUCAAGCAAUCUCUUUCUCUUACCCUCUUACAUUUCUAUCCAUUGUCUGGCCGCCUUGUCACACAAAAAUCCGAAGACCCUUCCACUUAUUCUAUUUUCCUUGAUUGCAACAACAAUUAUGGAGCUAGAUUCCUAUAUGCAACUUUGGACAUGACCAUAUCUAACAUCCUUUCGCCCGUUGACGUUCCACCCAUUGUUGAAUCAUUCUUUGAUCUCCACAAAGCAGUGAACCAUGAUGGUCACACCAUGCCACUCUUGUCCAUUCAAGUCACCGAACUGGUGGAUGGUGUUUUCAUAGGUUGUUCCAUGAACCAUGUCAUAGGUGAUGGCACUUCCUAUUGGAAUUUCUUUAACACAUGGUCCCACAUCUUUCAAGCUCAAGCUCAAGGGGAUGAAUAUGAUGUUCCCAUUUUGCGCCAACCCAUUCACAAUCGUUGGUUUCCGAAUGAUUGCAGUCCACCGAUCAAUCUUCCUUUCAAGCAAGAAGACGAGUUUAUUAGCAGAUUCGAAGCACCCUUGUUGAGAGAGAGAAUCUUCCACUUUUCAGCAGAGUCUAUUGCAAAACUGAAAGCAAGAGCAAACUCAGAGGCCAAAAGCAGCGAAAUCUCUUCGUUCCAAACGUUGUCAGCGCAUGUUUGGAGAUGCGUAACACGCGCACGGCACAUGGCGGAUGAUGAGAUAACAAGUUGCAAGCUGGCCAUAAAUAACCGAUCAAGAAUGGAACCGGCUCUGUCGCGGGACUACUUCGGAAACGCGGUGGGUGUGGUGAGUGCAGAGAGCACAGCAGGGGAACUGAUGGAACAUGAUCUAGGAUGGGCAGCAUGGAAGGUGCACAAGGCUGUCGCAAACCACAGCGACAGAGCGGUCCGAAACAUGCUCAAAGAGUGGCUCCAAUGUCCUGUCGUGUACCAGCUUGGUGUGCACUUCGAUUCGAGUGGUGUGACGGUGUCGAGUUCGCCGAGGUUCGACAUGUAUGGGAAUGAAUUUGGGAUGGGGAAAGCGGUGGCUGUUCUGAGUGGCUAUGCUAACGAAUUCGAUGGGAAUGUGACGGCAUACCCUGGAUUCGAAGGAGGAGGAAGCAUAGAUUUCGAAGUGUCUCUUGCGCCUCAUGUGAUGAUCGCGCUCGAAUCAAAUGAGGAGUUUAUGGAAGCAGUUUCUGUGUCCAAUCCCCUGCACUAGCCACUUCAACAAUAUUGUUGAACAUGUCAUAAUUAAAAUAACAUGCAUUCUAUCAGAUGCUGAAUGGUUUUUGAGAGGCUAUGCGUUGCGAUUCAUUAGUCCCGAAAGCUUUCUCCCACCAUUUGUGUCUCAAACUUCCAUCAUAUGUCGAGUAAAGUUUUAACCAUAAAAUAAACAAAUAUACUGUCCCAUCGGGUUGCGGAAAUGUUUAGGAAGUAUUGUCACUUAGCAUAUAAAUCAGUUGAUAGGUUAUUGAAAAAUAACUUAGAACAGUCUAAUGAAUAAUUAGUAGAUCUUCUUCGGUUUAGGGUAGCUGAUUGUUCUUGUGCGACUAAUGAAUAGUCUACUUGGCUCUAAAGGAAUAGAAUUAGAGCAUCUGCAACGGGGGUUGCUUAUAAGCAACUCCCUAUGCCACAUCACUGUCAUAUCAAUUCUGGCUCACUUUAUGAGUUGCUUAAAUUUUGGCAGAAUUGCUUGUAGAAGCAACUUUACCAAAAUUUAAGCAACCCAUAAAGUGGGCCAGAGCUGAUAUAGCAGAGUUGCUUAUAAGCAAUCCCCAUUGCAGAUGCUCUUAGAAAUUGAUAUUAGCAUUUGACUAGAUGCUAAAAUGGGCCACAAUAGAUUAGAUUAGACAUCCUAGUCUAUUUUCUCUAAUCUAUCAAUUUGUCGGAUCAAAUGUCAUGCUAGUUUGUGAGCCUGUCUAAAUUUUAUUUAUAUUUUUUUUUAUGUUUAAUUUAUGUAA